GAGGGCCGGUCCGGCUGGGAGGCGGGGCCUGGUCUGAAGAGAGGCGGACGGCGGGCGGAGCCGGUAAUUGCCUCAGCGGCGCGGGCGAGCUGGUGUCGUGGCCGAGGCUGGACCCGGGGCCGCUUCCCUCAGUCCCGCCCGGAGGAGCUCCCGGCCGGCCGCUCCUUCCUCCGCGCGUCGGGCCCGGUCCGUGACGGGAAAGGCCUAACUCCUCAGGCGCCUGAGGCGAAGGCCUGAGGCGGCGCUGCCCGUCCUCCUACUCCUCCUCCCCCCCCGAGAGUCAGCCGGGGAGACCCGGCGGCGGCUCCUUCUCUCCUCCCGCUCCUCCUCCUCCUCUUCCUUCGGCAGCGGUAUCACCACCGCCACCCUCGUCGUCAUGUCGGCGGGCGGGGAUUUCGGCAACCCGCUGCGGAAAUUCAAGCUGGUCUUCCUCGGCGAGCAAAGCGUUGGGAAGACUUCCUUGAUCACCAGAUUCAUGUAUGACAGCUUUGACAACACCUACCAGGCAACAAUCGGCAUUGACUUCUUAUCAAAAACCAUGUACCUGGAAGAUCGCACAAUUAGGUUGCAGCUCUGGGAUACUGCGGGCCAGGAACGUUUCCGUAGCCUCAUUCCCAGUUACAUCCGCGACUCUGCCGCCGCUGUAGUAGUAUACGAUAUUACAAAUGUAAACUCGUUCCAGCAAACCACAAAAUGGAUCGAUGACGUCAGAACGGAAAGGGGUAGCGAUGUCAUCAUCAUGCUUGUAGGAAACAAAACAGAUCUAGCAGAUAAGAGACAAGUAUCUAUUGAGGAAGGGGAAAGGAAAGCCAAAGAGCUGAAUGUGAUGUUCAUUGAAACUAGCGCAAAGGCCGGAUAUAACGUAAAACAACUUUUCCGACGUGUGGCGGCUGCUUUGCCCGGCAUGGAAAGCACGCAGGAGAAGAGCAGAGAAGACAUGAUCGACAUCAAACUUGAAAAGCCUCAAGAGCCGCCAGUCAGCGAAGGAGGCUGCUCCUGCUAAUAGUGUGUUGGGUUUUUUUUUGUUUUUAUUUCUGUUUUUCCUUCCUUCCUUCCUUCCUCAAACCAUCACUGGCUUCUCCUGCUCCUCCCUCCCUCCCUCUCUCCCCGGGACAGCCCUCUCGACAGCCGUGACAGCCGUGUGACGAUUGCCUUGCCUCCUCCUCCUCCGCCUCCUCCUCCUUCCCCACACCUCCUCCACCACCACCACUCAACCCCAGCACGGAUCCUCAUCGCUGCCUGUCUCGUGAAGAUGACCCGUUAAGCUUCACCAAGCACAAAACGAAAAAAAAACACACACGAAACAGUCGGUGUCUUCAUUGCAUCCGGAAGGAAAAAGGGGAGAGGGAUGUUUGUAAGAGCCCAAACCCACCCGACCGUAAUUCCAGUCGUUCUCGAAAAGUUGAGUCCAGCUUUUGGGUUUAAGGUCUGUUCCUUUUUUUUUUUUUGCCUUUUUUACAAAGAGAAUUAAAACGUUGCGCUUGUCAAAUGGAUGGAAAGUAGCGGGAGAGAAGAGUGGUGGGGUAAGGGUGGCACCCGCUUUCGCCGGCAGGGUAGAAGACGCCCCGUCGCUGGCCGCCUAGAGCCAAACCCGACGAGAAGACCACGCUGGCCUUUUCCAGUCCAACCUUUUUUGCUUUUGGGGACAAGCAAAACUCCCAAAGAUGGCUUGUUAAAACCGGUGUGUGGUUUACUCCUUUUAUAGCGCCAAACAAACCAUCUUUCGGCAUCGGCUGGCGAGAUGUUUUUUUUUUCUUCUUCUUCUUUUCUUUUCAAGAUGCACACGGUUCCAGACCUUCCGUGUGACGCCCCACUUAAGGGCUUAGAAAAACCCUCUCUGGGUUCCUUGGAGAAGCCCCACAGCUGCAGCACAGUCUCUGGUUGGGGGUUUUUUUUGGUUUUGUUUUUGGUGUUUUUUUUGCCUUUCUGGGAAUAUUUUCAGAACUGGGCACCUUGUAUGGUGGGUGGGCUUGGAAAACAGGUCGGGCCUGUUUUUGAAGAGAAACGACGACCCAAGCGAGACCCAAGCGAAAUCCGUUUCGAAAAUAAGAGGUACUUACACUACGACCAAGCUUGUAAGUUCUCCCGUAAAGUGAGGAAGGAGGACCAGGAUAAUAAAUGAGGCCGUUUUGGCAGCUCAGAUCUCAACCGGGGAGGCAGGGAAGAGUGAUCAAAGUAUGUUUUUAAAAGCCCCUCUUGAAAGGAUGAUGGGGGUAGGGAGGUUGCAUAAGAUGGAAACAGAGCUUUCAAUUAUGCAGGCUGUUGCUUUUACUUUCAGCAUUAUUAUUGUUUCUAUUUUCUUUUUUUACAUUCGGUCUUGAGUCUAUAUAUGUACUGCAUCAUUUGGUUAAGUAACCGUUUGUUUAGUAUUAUGUUUAACUUAACUACGAUUAACGGUGAUUUCCUUCAAUAUUUAUUUUCUCUGCUUUAAUUUUUUUUAGUGUGCAAGGUUUUUUCUGUCUUUCUUUCUUUCUUUCUUUCUUUCUUUCUUUCUUUCUUUUUCUCUCUUUCCUUCCUUCCUUCCUUCCUUCUUUCCUUCCUUCCUUCCGCCCUCCCUCCCUGUCUCUCUCUCUCUCUUUUUUCUUUCUGAAUUGGUUAAUCCAUUUAACGCUUUGGCAAUGUUGCAAAAUUCUGCGGUUUAUUUUGGAAACAGACAUGCAUUCUGUCUCAUGUAUACACACACGCACACACACACACACACACACACACACACAAAAGACACACCCACGCUACAGAAGUGCACUCUUAAUAGUACUAGUCAUUGUGAAGUUGCUACGUAAGUUAACACAAUUGUAAAUACAUUGUUUGCCAGGAGAGAGUUUGUGGAGGGGAGGGGAUGUGGCAGAAACUUCCCAACUCCUUUUUCUCCAGCAAGGGCUGGUUUUUGAAAAGGCAGCCCAGGUUGGUUCAGAGGCCUCAAUGCCAAGUCUCUCUUCCCCCCCCCCCCCUCCACCCCCCUUUGCAUUGUGGAGUCAGAGUGGCAAAUCCAUCCCUUUGACUUGAGUUUCCAGUAACUUUGCAUAAUCUCAUGUUAAAAGGGCAGAUGGACAUCAAAAUGCUUUUAAUGCAAUAUUGAAGAGGUGAUUUUUCCGUUUCCUUUUUUUUUUUUCUUUCAAAGUAGCAUGUCUAGAAAUAAAUGUUUAAACUAUGGCAACCGACGACGAACUUAAUCCUGAAAAGAAACUCAAAAGGAGACUGGGCUACUUUUUGUUUUGUUUUUUGUUUUUUCCCCCUUCCUUCCUUGUAUCGUUGUUAUUCUACGUGUGCAGAAAUUUUAAACAAAGAAUCCCAUCUCGCUGCUUUUGAAUAACUGAGUUUUCUGUGGUUUGGGUUCUUCGAGCAAUUAAAUGUGUACACGGGUUGGAUUUUUUAAAACAUGCACAGAAUUUUUUGCUUCCAAUAAAGUAUCUAAUCAAAACACUA